CGGGACGAGGAUGAGAAGGGCCUCGGGAGGGCGCCGGGGCCGCGCGGCCGUGGGCGAGGGUCGCGCCUUCAGGACCCUCGGGCGAGGCUGUGGUGGCGUUUCGCGGCGACGCCGCCCCGCAGCCUGCGUCUUUGUCUUUUCGUGGCGCCCCUUGGGGCGCCGCCCAGCCCUUGGCGGGGUCGGGCUUUGGGUCCACGGCGCAGGGUGGGCGAGGGGAGCUGGGCAGUCCCAGGGUGGGCGUUCGGAGGCCGCGAGGACGCAGAGGCGCGUUUGGGCCUCCCGGGAGCGCGCCUGGGCGGGGCCCUGGCCUCCCCGCGCGGCGGAGGUCGCGGUUCCUGCAAACAGGAACCCAGCUGCUCCUGGCAGGCUGUGCUAUUGUCUAGUUCCUUCUGGCUUCCUGGCCUCGGGGUUGGCGUCUUCGUCGCGGCCACCAGGGUCUUUGGGUAGCCUCGACCUAAUGGAAGUAGGGGGAAGAGGGGUCCCUCCGACUGCGUGGGGGUCCCUCCGACUGCGUGGGGGUCCCUCCGACUGCGUGGGUUCCCUCCGGCUGCAGGGGUCCCUCCGACUGCCUGGGGUCCCUCCGGCUGCGGGGGUGUCCCUCCGACUGCGUGGGUUCCCUCCGACUGCCUGGGGUCCCUCCGACUGCCUGGGGUCCCUCCGGCUGCGGGGGUGUCCUUCCGGCUGCCUGGGGUCCCUCCGACUGCAUGGGUUUCCUCCGGCUGCGUGGGGUCCCUCCAGCUGUGUGUGUGGGGGGUCCCUCCGGCUGCGGGGGUGUCCCUCCGACUGCGUGGGGGUCCCUCUGACUGCGUGGGUUCUCUUCGGCUGCGGGGGUUCCCUCAGACUGCGGGGGUUCCUCCGGCUGUGUGUGGGUUCCCUCCGACUGCGUGGGUUCUCUCCGGCUGCGUGGGUUCUCUUCGGCUGUGUCGGGGUCCCCCAGGCUGCGUGGGUUCCCUCCGACUGCGGGGGUCCCUCCCCAUUUCCUUCCGAGCACCCGACAGCUGUUUCCUCGCCUGGGUGGGGCCGGGCACGCACCCGAGCCCCGCCUUCCGGAGUCUGCAAUCUCCUUUUGUCCCUUCAGGCAGGCCAGGAAGGGCUCAGCAAACCGGGGUUCCCAGGGUCCCCCUUCUCUGAGCCUCGUCCCUGGCCUCUCCCUUUCCAGAGAAAACCUGGUGAAGUAAGACCCUCUUCUGCUUGGUUGACUGCAUCCUUCUGGAGUCCUGGGUCUGUCCUUAUAAAGUGCCCCCAGAGCUCUCAGGAGACAUGUAAUCAGGACCAGAUUGGUUGCCUCCCUUCUGUAGCACCUUAGCUAGCGUCCUUGGGCAUUUACCGUGGAAAGAACUUCAUACACCCUUCUUUGUCUGUCCCCCUCCCCCCACGCCUAAGCAGAGUAGUUGGAUGGAAAGCGAAGAUGCUGCAACAGUGCUGUCUGCUGCUAAGGAAGGAGCCUGCUUAACCCAGGCUCUCCUUUCUUCAUCGCAGUCGGCUCUUGGGCUUCCAUCACCUCCAUUUUACCUUCGCUGUAAUUGAAAGUCAGACAUAUUGGCUCUGGCUUUCUACUGCUGAUACCUUCUGAUCCAGGGGCAAUUACCACCCGUGAGGAAUGACCUAGUGAUGCGUACUAGGAAGUAUUCUUAUAAAAACAUGAUUGCUUAAAGAUGUGUUGCUGCUUUCCUGUUGAAACCAGUAGGUGAAGUAUACAUAGAUAUAAAAGGAAUUGACUGGGCCCGGCGCGGUGGCGCAAGUGGUUAAAGGUCCUCGC